GUUUGGCGUUUCAGUUGGGGAAUAUUGACUGAAAAAUCGUAAACCCCGACUAAUAAAAGGACUUUUGCAUUCUCCAAAAACAUCAGGGAGACCAUGGUGUACGCAGGAAUUUUCCGGCCGUCGCUAUUGGUGAUUUUAGUGCAAACAGUCCUUAUCUGCUCCGCUCAGAGGGGCCCAGUUGGUCCGAGGGGGCCAUCUGGCCCUCCAGGACUUCCUGGAUUUCCUGGCAUUGAUGGAAUUGAUGGGGAGAGGGGACCCGGCCCUGGACCAGACGGCCAUGCAGGCCCAGAUGGAGAUGAUGGAAAAGACGGAGUGCUUGGAAGACCAGGACAGCCAGGAGCAGAUGGUUUGACUGGGCCUCGUGGAGAACCUGGUCCAGAUGGACCUACUGGACCGAAAGGUGAGCCUGGCAAGGCUGGACCUGGGGGGAGACCUGGGGUCGGAGAGGACGGUGAAGCUGGUGCCGAUGGAAAAGACGGACUACCAGGAGAACUGGGCAAGGUUGGAGCCCCGGGAAGCCGAGGCCCCAGAGGACCAGUGGGCCUUCCGGGACUUGCUGGGCCGAGAGGUCCUCCUGGAGUUUGGAAGGGUGAGGAAUUGUGUCCAAAUGCGUGCACACUCGGACUGUCUGGCUAUAGUGGGCUACCAGGUAUGAAGGGACACAAAGGUGUGAAAGGUGAAUUUGGUGAACCAGGAAGACAAGGCCAUAAGGGUGAAGAGGGUGAACAAGGAGGCCAUGGGGACCCUGGAGUGCCAGGACUACCAGGUCCACAGGGUCUUAGAGGGAUCACUGGGAUAAUGGGUCCUAAAGGUGAUAGGGGCUCACGUGGAGCAGAUGGUGACAGUGGUACUCAGGGAAUUGCAGGUGCCCCUGGUGAUCGAGGGCAAAGAGGAAAAGUUGGUGAGACUGGACCAAAAGGAAAUCAAGGGCUUGGAGGUCUAACAGGCAUCGUAGGUUUACGUGGACCUAAGGGAGAAUCAGGAUUGCCAGGAGUGGAUGGCCGUGAAGGUAUCCCAGGAAUGCCAGGGGUUAAGGGUAUCCCUGGAAAAGUGGGGUCUCCUGGUGAUGCUGGCCUUCAAGGCCUGCCUGGUGUGCCAGGCAUCUCAGGGGCAAAGGGUCAUAGUGGGCCAAAGGGUAACUCUGGUGAUCCAGGGGUGGCAGGACCAAUUGGGAACAAUGGAAAAACAGGUGAACGUGGAGAGCAGGGGGAGGUGGGACCAGCAGGACCCAGAGGUGGGCCAGGUGAGAGAGGAGCGAAAGGUCCAGAUGGACCACUAGGAUUGCCAGGUCAGAGGGGGCCUAAGGGGAAUCUGGGCCUACCUGGUCUUCCAGGUCCACCUGGUUUCCCUGGUCAGCAAGGUGACAGGGGCACAGUUGGUCUUACUGGUCCAAAAGGUGAACAAGGAGCACCCGGUGAGGAGGGUACCCCAGGAGAAAAAGGAGAUCAUGGUGAUGAGGGAGAGUCUGGAGAGAAGGGAUCAACAGGAAAGCCAGGUGACGCAGGGAACCGAGGGCCAGAGGGUAGGCGUGGACAGCAGGGCACUGAAGGCCCGGCAGGACAGACAGGACCGCGGGGCAUGCAGGGAGACCGCGGGGUACCCGGGCUACCCGGGCCACAGGGGCAAUCGGGCCGCACUCCAACAGAUCAACACAUCAAGCAGGUCUGCAUGAGGGUUAUGCAAGAGCAGCUAGCUCAACUUGCAGCCAGCCUGAAGAGGCCAGAGGCUGGCAGUGCCGGGUUGCCAGGUCCUCCUGGUCCUCCCGGUCCCCCUGGACCCUCAGGAGAGAAUGGCUUCCCAGGGCAUCCUGGAUCCAGAGGGUUGCCAGGUCUUAAAGGACCCCCUGGACUGCUGGGGAGUAAAGGACCUAAAGGUGACCAAGGAGACAGAGGAGACAAAGGACCUACAGCACAAGGGCCGAAAGGCAUACCUGGACCUCCUGGACUUCCAGGUGAGCCUGGGCACCCGGCAUAUGGUAGCGACGGGCAUGACGGAAUGCAAGGGCCUCAGGGGUUGCCAGGAAUGCCCGGCGUUCCAGGACCUCCUGGGCCUCCUGGCCUUAACGGAUACUGCGAGCCAUCGCAAUGUGUUCUCCAGGCUCUGGCGGCUCCACAGUCUGCCAAAGAGUACAACAUCAAGGGACCGGAUGGCCUUUGAGAGGCCAGAUAACUAGACAGUGGUUGUGAAAUUGAGCCCAGUGGCCCAGUGACCAAGAAGAGUUCACUAACAGAGGGAAGCCCUUCCACAAUGGAUUUUUUUGCAGGAGAAUGCUACACAGUAUGCCACCAUAACAGUGUGGUGGUAAUAUGUGUGCAUAUUGUACUAAUUUCUGUUUUCCAUGUAGGAUAUGCCAUGUAAGAUUUUGAGCCUGAAGUUUAUACUGUUGAGAUCUAUCAAGAAAGAUCUUUGAUCAUGAUGCUUAAAUUUUGAAGGGCUAGAAGCAUAUAAAAAUUUGCUUUUUACACAGGACUUCAUUUGACAAUCCUCAAUCCUUCACCGUAAAAAUGUAAAAUGCAGUCAUAAAAAAUCUUACAUUGUAAAUUUCCAAAUAAGCUUUUGCAACCUAAAGUAUACUAAUACACCAUCUUAGAAAAAGCAAAAUAUUUAAUGUCCACCCAACUCACACGUACAGCCACAUUAGUCAGUUUGUACAUGAUUUAAAAAGAUAAUGUAAAUAUACAAUACUCUAUGGCCUCAAAAUUAACUGUAUGCCUCAUAUUAUCCCUGUCUAUGCCAUGUUAAUUUGCUGAACCUAAAGAUUCUUGAGUGUAAAAAUGUUCUGGAAAAAAAAAAGAAAAGAAAUCAAUGUAACAUUGACCCCUACAAAUUAUAGAUACAUUAAUUGCAUUUCAUUGUUUUAUCUGUUUUAAUUUUUAGCCUAUUUGAAAAGGAGAUUGUUAUUGUAGUCACAUUCAAUGUUCACGCAAUAAGGAGGCUUAAAGCCUUGUUUAAAGUACUAACUUUUCUGACAUUAUUUAUUUGAUAAAAAAAAGGUUCAUUGUCACAGCUAGUUGUGAAAAGGGGUAAAUAAAUGAUUUUGAUAAAGCUCUGCACGUUUUUGUAUGCAAGGCAUGUAAGAGUAAUUCAGCAUAAAAGGUUCUCUCAUAGGAAAUCCAGACAGCACAGGUUCUCAGUGUAUUCUUUAAUGUACUCUCUCAAGUUGGUGAACAGUUACAACUUCUCUCACUAUACUAAAUCACAUACCCACCAAUAGUAUAAAUAGCCGGUCUAAUUGUACAUUUCAAAUAUCAUACAUAAAUCAAGUAUCCAAGUAUUAAGUUAUGCACAUCAAAUAAAAAUGCAUACAAAAUAACACAGAGGUCCAGUUUGAAGCCAAAACACAAACAAACAUCACACUAUUGACAUGGCAGUAAUUAGUAAACAAAACAAACUAGAUCCCACAGCUCCCAUAUAUAACCCCCCACAGCUGUUCUUUUUUUAAUCCAC